CGGAGGCAGAAAUUGUUUGAUCUAGAGACUAACUGCUUAAGGGAGUCGCUUCUUCACCAGACUCUUCAGAGGAGUUGGGCGUUCCGUCGCCCGGUGUGCUGAAGUCAGCACUGCGUCAGCCGUCGCAGGAGAGGAUCUGUCUGUUUUCUUCGCUAUCGACGCACUCCGGGGUCGUGCGUCCGUCCGCCCGCCCCUCCACCACUUGCCGUGGGCUCACGCUUGAAUGACAAUGUCGUUCUUGCUACACUUCAGUAACUACCUCAUCGGUGGCAACGUCCCCAUCGACGACGGGGUGGACAAGCUCAACCGCAAGUACACCAUCCUCAUCCUCAUCUGCCUGUCGUUGCCUUUAGUGACGAAGCAGUUCGCUGGCGACCCCAUCGAGUGCUUCACCCCGACCUACUUCACCGAGCCUCAGGCCAGAUACGUCAACUCGUACUGCUGGACAGCGAGUACAUACUACAUCAUCCCCGUCGAUGAGAACGCGCGGGAACAGGUUACCAGAGUACAUUCCGUUAAUUUUGAUGACGAAGGGGGGUCGACAGCCAUCAAGGGGGAGCGUAUUAAGGUCAACUAUUACCAGUGGGCGCCAAUCAUCCUCUUGGUCGAGGCGGGAUUAUUCUAUGUCCCUUUUGCCAUCUGGAAUUCGACGGCUAAAAAUUCUGGCAUUAAAGUCGGUCGCCUGCUGAAGAAGGUGUCGGUGAUCUCUCAGUACACACCCGGCCACCCAGACCGCGACGCCCUUAUUGCCGAGUUCCUGGACCAGUUUAACACGCUGAUGGGCGUCUCAAAGUGUUGUCCAGGAACCGUCUGUAAGUUUGAUUGCAAUCUGGCUUGCGGCGGGAACCCGUCCUCCUCGCUCUUCGUGCUCUACAUGGUCGUUAAGAUCAUGUACGUGUUCAACAUCCUGAUGCAGUACUUCCUGCUGACGGUCUUCCUGGGCAAGGGCUAUCUCUUCCACGGCAUCGAAGUGGUGGAGAAGCUCAUCAACAAGAAGGAAUGGUGGACGUCUCCCCGUUUCCCCUUACAGACGCUGUGUCAGGUCUUGGCCGCCCAGCAGGGCUCUCUGCGGACUUACACUUGCCAGUGUGUCCUGCCUAUCAAUCUCUUCAAUGAGAAGAUCUUCUCCUUCAUCUGGUUUUUCUUUGCCAUUCUCUUGCCCGUGACCAUCUACAGUGCUCUGAUCUGGGUCUGGCGCACCUUCACUUGCUCUCGGAUCGCCUUCGUCCACUACUACCUGUGGCGGACGAGGCGGGUGGGUAAGGAGGACCUAUACAACAACGCCCGCAAGAUGGCGGUGCAGUACCUAGGUUGGGAUGGGUGCUUGGUUCUCCGGCUGAUAGAAAUGAACCACGGGGGAACGAUCCUCACCGUCCUGACCGAGCGCCUUUGGGAGUUUUAUGAAGGGAUGGAGAGGGCGCAGCAAGAUGGCGGGGAUCCUGAGGCUUAUUUAAAUCAGCGGCCGCCCAUCUUCUCCUGCGGGCCGUACCCUCCGCCGGGGCCUUCCACCGUCACGCCCACGCCCACAAGUGCUUACGGCUUCUACGGGAAGCACUUCCUUCCGGGCACGCCUGCACCGUACCCUGGGUACAUGUGGAACCACCAAGACCUGGCCACCCCCGCAUACUCCAGCUACCCUAGGAUACGGGGUAAAAUCAGGUAACGCUCCACUUCCUGUGCCUAGAGCCUCAACUGCGCCCCCGUACAUGGUAUUCAGUGGUGAAUGGGUCGCCACUUUAUCCUGUACAUGGUACUCAGUGGUGCAAGGGUAACCACCUGCUCCCAUGUGUGGUACCUAAUAGUGCAUGGAUCUCCAACUGCCCCCAAACACCUUGUUCGGUGGAGCAUCUCACUGCCCGAUCCUGUACACGGUACCCACGGGUACACGGUACCCAAGGGCGCACGGUGCCCACGGGUACACGCUACCCAUGGGUACACGGUGCCCAAGGGCGCAUGGCCCACUGCCUGCCCCUUGCAAUGUAUUGUAAUAGACGUCUUAAUUUUGUUGCGGGGUUGGAUUAAAAAAGAGAGAGAGAG